UAAUGAAAAGAUAUACAGUAGUCUUUUAAACAGUCAGUGUUGUCUUCAACAAACCAUGUGCACUCUUAGAAAGGAUGUUCUUUUUCAACACAUACUCUACUAGCAUCCUGGUUGGGAAGAUCACGCCUCUGUGUUACUCUUCCAGGGAAUAAAUAGAAUAUUUUGACACAGCAUUGGGUUGCACUGCAAAACUCAUUCACACUGAUAAAGCAACCACUCUAAGAUUGUGUAAUUUGUUAAUAGCAAUGCAAACUGUGUAAGAGACUAGUGAGGAAGUGCAUGGGCUGUGUUACAUUAUCAAAAGCCUCAAAGACUGAUUAUCAUUAGUGUUUUCUCAACUCUUGCCUCUUCUGUCCUCCUGUAGAUUUGUUUUUAUUUUUUAUGUCCAUCCCCCCCGGGAUUGAACAUCUUUGCCUGAUCCCUUUCACAUCCUCUUCUCUGUAAAUCUGAUCAAAUACUGAUAAAUACAAACCCAAAAGCAUUUUCCCUUCAACCAGUCAGUUGUGUAACAGCUAUCUUACACUUCUGGACUGGGAUCCACUAACAAACAAUGGUUGCAAUGCCUUGCAAAGUGGCUCAUUUAGAAGUCACGUUAACCAGCUGCGACUGAAAUGCAGCAACUCACUGAUCCUGAAACUUGUUCAGUGCGUCCUGCGAUGGAGGAGAGGAUACGUGGAAAGGAACCAAACUAAGAUGAUUGAAACGCGGCCACGCAUGGUGUCGUUUCACAUGAAAGUAAAAAGAAGCAUAAUAAGAAGGAGGAAGAGGAGGAGGACAGGUGUAUUUCUAAGUGUGUUGCUUUUUAAUUACAGAAAUAAUGGACGAUUCCCAUUUCAACUCAUCAUACUUUUGGUCUCCCGUCCCCACUGUACAAGGACAGAUCGAGAACGCCAUGUUCCUGAACAAGGCAAAGGAGCAGCUGGGUCCAGAGAAGGCCAAUGCUCCCUCCUUCUCUCACGCCUCUGCGUCUUCCACCUCCUCCCCCCACUACCACACGGCCGUGCUCGCCAUCCCCGGCUCAGUGGACGGAGGGCCCGGGGUUCGGUUGGUCCCCAAACAGGAAGGAGGUGGGUGUACAGCAGGAGGAGGCGGCGGCGGCGGCAUGAGUGUGCUCGGGGGACACCUGCACCAGUCGCACACCACCCAGAACAUCACCGUCGUGCCUGUUCCCUCUACAGGUAUCAUGACUGCGGCCAGAUCACAGUUUCUCUUUUCCUCUUAGCGGGGUUAGUGAUCACCACCCCUCAAGGCACACUGGUCCCCACGGCCUCCACGCAGUCAUUUGUAGCUGGACACCCCACUGCCACCACCAUGAUAGUAUCCGCAGUGCACCCCUCACUUACAGACAAGAAGGAGGACAUUUCUGGCCCUCCUGCAGUUGUCAUGCCGAUGCCAUCAAAGCGAGGCAGGAAAAGCAAACAGAUGAUGGGCAGAGUGGCUGGAGUGGGUGGGGUCCUCCCUCCAGGAAGUGAUGCAUUAAUACUGGCACACCUCGCCGCUGGUGGACAGCACCACAGUGCUGACCCAUAUGACCUGUCAAAUGAUGAGGAUGAUCACACCAACAAAGAUGGCCCCAAAUCCUACAGGUGUCGGAUGUGUGCAGUGACAUUCUUCAGCAAGUCAGACAUGCAGAUCCACGCCAAGUCCCACACGGAGGCCAAGCCCCACAAGUGUCCCCACUGCUCCAAGUCGUUUGCCAACUCCAGCUACCUGUCCCAGCACAUCCGCAUCCACAGCGGGGCCAAGCCCUACACCUGCACCUACUGCCAGAAAACAUUCAGGCAGCUCAGUCACCUACAGCAGCACACACGAAACCACACGGAAUCCAAGCCCCACAAGUGUCCCCACUGCUCCAAGUCGUUUGCCAACUCCAGCUACCUGUCCCAGCACAUCCGCAUCCACACCGGGGCCAAGCCCUACGCCUGCUCCUACUGCCAGAAAACAUUCAGGCAGCUCAGUCACCUACAGCAGCACACACGGAUUCACACCGGCGACCGACCGUACAAGUGUAACCAUCCUGGCUGUGAAAAAGCUUUCACUCAGUUGUCCAACCUACAGUCUCACCGUCGGCAGCACAACAAAGACAAGCCGUACAAGUGCCACAACUGUAACCGUGGUUACACGGAUGCUGCCAGCCUGGAGGUGCACCUGUCCACACACACCGUCAAACAUGCCAAGCUGUUCUCCUGUGGCCUCUGUAACCGAUCCUAUACCUCGGAGACAUAUCUAAUGAAACACAUGCGGAAGCACAACCCCGACCCGCUGACAGUGGCAGCAACAGUAGCUGCUCAGCAGGCCCAGGGCCUCAUGCCAGGCGGAGGCAGGGGCCGAGGCCGCGGGCGAGGGAGAGGCGCUGGUGGAGGAGGCGCGAACAGAGCGGGCCAGCUCCAAAACCAGAACAACCCUAACAACAACACCCAGAACUCUAACCCCGGACCACCAGGCGUCUACCAGCCAAACCAGCAGCCCAAUGAAGCUGUGGUUCAGUGCCCGUUUGACCUGCACCAGUACAAGACAGUGUCAGCCAGCGAGAUCCAGUACAAACCAGUCACUGUGGCGGACCUGCCAGUGGUCCACAAAGACCUCUGCCUCACCGUCUCCACCUCGGCCAUACAGGUGGAGCACAUGAACUCAUAGGCUGCGUCUUCCCACUCUGUUCGAGGACUUAACUCUUUGUUUCUGCAGUGUAAAAAGGUCCAUAUAAACAAGUCAUUUAACUGUAGUCAGUAUUACAGUCUUCUUAAGCAAGAACAAAUGGCUCAUAGGGUGGAACAUUUUAACCAUUCGUAAGGUAGUGGACGAAGGUACAAGUCAAAUUUAUUUCACCCAAUGCCAGUUUUUUUCCUUCAUUUUAAGAAGCUAUAAUGCCGAGUACAGCGUUAAAUUACUUGUUAGAACACAGAUAUUUUACAAUGUGCUUCUCGAUUCCUGAGCCCACUUGUGUCAAGUAUCUCUCAGUAGAAAUUCUGGUCUUGGACAUUGAUAUAAGUAGAUUAUUCUUCAGUCCGGAGCCACAAUCCUCCAGUUUAACCAAAACCUAAUCUGAGAUCUCUUUUGGCUUUUAUAUCAUUAUGAUUGAGUUGGUGAUUAUUUCCAGAUCUGGAUUUCUUAAAAGCAUGUUUAGUCUAAUUUCACCUUUUUUUUCAACUGAGUCAAAGGACCAGUUAUCAAUUUACCUGCUUUGUAAAACACACUUAAUACACUGAUCCAAAACCAGCAGUCCACAUCUGAGAAUCUUGAUAAAAGAGGCUCACUGGUGCCCCCUUCUCUUUUUUAUUGCAUUGUUUGCAAUAGGCACCAUUGGAGGAUGAAGAUGUAAAAUAUCUGUAAAAUAGAAAAUACACCACUCUCUGCACUUUCAUUUAUGGUCCAGAGAAUGGUGUAAUUUUUUAACACAUUCAGAUCACAUUAAUCUGAACAUUCUCCAUCAUUUAGUUCAAGCCAAAACAAGGGAGAGAAACAAGACGAAGAACCAGCGAUGAAAGACCGAAGGGAAGAACUAAGUAAACAAGCUUGGAUGGCUUCUGAGUGACACCUCUGACGACAGGUUGGGAUCAGAAAGGCUGAACUGGAGCCUGAGAAAAGACCACAAAAGAAGAAUGAAUGAGCUGUAUUAUUGGAUUAGGCUAAAAAACCUGCGGCUGAAUCUCAAAAAUGUUCACAAACCAUGAUGUCCUUAUUUACGCUCACGGUUCCUCAGACAGCGAGGAGUUGAGGAGCCAUUUUAUUUGUCGGAGCCCAAAGUAUUGAACAAAAGAGACGGAGCGGUUCAAGAAUGCACUUAUAGUGAGGAAUCUGCAGCAGAGGGAGAUGGAAACAUGAGAGAGAGAAAAGGGGGUUUGGUGGGGUGGGAGGGGUCAUAACGAAAGCACUUGAUGAAGCUUGUACUUCAUGUCUAUGUUCGUCAUUAUUGUACUUUUGUUUUAUAUAUAUCAUAUGUAUGUAUUUUUCUACCAACAGAAGAACGUGUGAACAAACUCGGAGAGAAAGCAAAGUGAUGCAUGAAUGUGAAGGGAACAGAGAGAAAAGUCCUAACAAAACGUUUUUGUCCCAUUUUUUUGUUUGUUUUCAUAUUCCAAGAAAGACAGUUUACUCUUCUCCAAUAGUAGUAAAGACAGCCCGACUCAUCAUACUCAGUUGUUGGGGUAAUAAUGAUUGUUUGAUGAAAAUGGCUGACAGGUACUGUUAUCAAUCUUUUUUUAAAGAACUUUUCAUACAUAUUAUUACUACUUUCAUUAUAACUAUUGCAAAUGUUAUCCACAUAAUUAUCAAUCUGAGGCAUUAUUGUAUUGCAGUAUGCUGUACAUAAAAUAGAUAGAAAAGACUUUUUUCAUUUGUAAAAGGGAAGUAUGUCCUGUGUAAAGCAUAUAUGGAAACUAAAGGAACUCAGAUUAACAAGUACCAAAUCAUUGGCUGUGUCCCAGGUCACCUUAAGUGCUGAUGCUCAGCAAAUGUCUGCAAAAGAAUGAUCUGAGAAGUUUGGGGAUUGCCCAAAAAGUUGGUUAAACUAUGCGGAAAUAUUUGUUCUCUUUCUGUAAUGUAUGACUACACAACAUUUCCCUGCAGUUUGAACCACGCUCGCCCAUUGCACAUGUUGAUAUUCAUUCUAAUUAUGAUGUAACCUGAAAUGGUUUCACCUAGUUAACUGUACGUUAAAUUAGCAGGAAUCAUUAACAGGGACUGUUAUUAGGCUUAUUAGACGAGUUGGUUGUGGCACUGCAACCGGAAAACCAAUUUUUAACAUUGAUCACCCAUGAAAAGUCCUUCAUUAACACUUUAACAAAUGAUCUGAGAUGAUCUUAACUAUUAAAUAAUAUAAAACAAGGCUUGUUGACCUGGGACACUGCUGCCAUGUUUUUGUGCACAAGCUAUCUCAACCCAAUCAAAAUGUUCGAGCAGCCUGUAAGUGGCUGCUUGUCCUCAUGUAUACUCCUCCUUGUAUUUCAUUGUCUUUUUAUGAAAAAUAACAGAUUCUCAAUAUUCCUGUUAACGUUAUUACUGAUGCUCCUGAUAAUAGUACAGUUAUUAACUGCCCUCUUUAUGCUACACUCUUGCAUACUGUAUGCACAGUUACACCUCUUGCUCAUCUGAACAGACUGUUUCUUCCCUUAAGGAGAAUAAAGUUCGAAAACCGUUUAUGAUGAAAAAAAAACAAUGUAAUUGUCUGAUUUAUUGUAUUAAAAUCCAGACUGUGUCGAACUGA